AUACGAUCAAAGCAGUCGACACGAACCUCCGUUAAUCCAUCUCUACGGAGUUGGGUUCUUGAUUACAAUAAGAUGGAUUUCAACGACGUAGAGCAUAUACAGAGACCAAAGGUCCCAGAAGAAGAGGACCUGGAUGAAAAAUAUCCCAAUCGGCCUCAUAACCAUUUUCCAACGUUACCUUUUCAUGAGCUCUUCUUAACCCUUUUCAAUCCUUUGAAUGGACUUAAGAAGAAGCCAACUGGCCCAGCGCCGAUGCGCAGAAAAGUCGGCCCCCGCAGACAAGACGCUGAGAAACUCAACCCUCUCGAACGACGACGCGAUAUUAUCGAACGCUUUAUUGCGAGAUGGCGAAAGGAUGUAGGGGACAACAUAUAUCCAGCGUUCCGGCUGAUACUUCCCGACAGGGACCGUGACCGGGCCAUGUACGGAAUCAAGGAGAAAGUGAUUGGCAAGCUGCUCGUGAAGGUCAUGAAGAUCGACAAGAAUUCCGAGGAUGGCUUCAACUUGUUGAACUGGAAGUUGCCUGGGCGGUCUGCUUCGCAGAUUGCGGGAGACUUUGCCGGUCGAUGCUAUGAAGUCAUCUCCAAGCGGCCAAUGCGGACGGAAGUAGGAAACAUGUCGAUUGAGGAGGUCAAUCAGAAGCUUGACGAGCUGUCAAUGGCUUCGAAGGAGGAUCAGCAGCUGCCAAUUAUGGAAGAAUUCUACCGGCGGAUGAAUCCUGAAGAGCUCAUGUGGUUGAUUCGGAUUAUUCUACGACAGAUGAAAGUUGGGGCGACGGAGCGGACUUUCUUUGACGUUUGGCAUCCUGAUGCAGAGAACUUAUACAGCAUAUCCAGCAGUCUUCGCCGUGUGUGCUGGGAAUUAUAUGAUCCCAAUGUACAACUUGAGGCUGAAGAGAGAACAGUGACGCUCAUGCAAUGCUUUCAGCCACAACUGGCGCAGUUCCAGAUUCACUCGUUCGACAAGAUGAUCGCAAAAAUGAAGCCAACGGAAGACGACACUGUUUUUUGGAUUGAGGAGAAACUAGACGGCGAACGGAUGCAGCUUCACAUGAUCUCGGAUGAUUCGGUGGCAGGAGGCAGACGAUUCGGCUUUUGGUCACGGAAAGCCAAAGACUAUACGUACCUCUAUGGGAAUGGUAUCUAUGAUGGGAACGGUUCGUUGACAAGGUAUCUCAAGGAUGCUUUCGCCGAUGGGGUUGAGAACUUGAUUUUGGACGGUGAGAUGAUCACUUGGGAUCCGGAGCAGGAUGCGCCUGUUCCUUUUGGCACGCUCAAAACGGCUGCAUUGGCCGAGCAGCGAAAUCCAUCCUACAAGGGCCCACGGCCUUUGCUUCGCGUUUUCGAUAUUAUGUACCUCAAUGGACAGGACUUGACUAGAUAUACGCUUCGUGACCGGCGAAAGGCCUUGGAAAAGAGUAUCCGGCCUGUUAGCCGUAGAUUUGAGAUACACCCAUACCAAGAAGCGACAACCACGGCGGAGAUCGAAACAGCUCUCAGAAAGGUGGUUGCAGAAGCUUCUGAGGGAUUGGUACUUAAGAACCCAAGAUCACCUUAUCGGCUGAACGACCGACAUGACGACUGGAUGAAGGUGAAACCAGAAUAUAUGACUGAGUUCGGGGAAUCGCUAGACGUCAUUGUCAUUGGUGGAUACUACGGCUCUGGCCGCCGAGGUGGUGCUCUUUCCAGUUUUUUGUGUGGUCUGAGGGCGGAAGAUGCUCAUGCUUCUCAAGGAGCGAACGCUAUGAAGUGUUACUCUUUCUGCAAGGUAGGCGGGGGUUUUUCUGCCGCUGACUACGCGAACAUUCGCCAUCAUACGGAAGGGAAAUGGAAGGAAUGGGACUCGAAGAAGCCUCCCACUUCAUUCAUUGAGCUGGCAGGAGGAAGUGCUCAAUAUGAACGCCCGGAUAUGUGGAUAAAGCCAGAUGAAUCGGUUGUUCUUAGCGUUAAAGCAGCAUCAGUGUCUGUCAGUGACCAAUUCCGGGUCGGAUUGACGCUACGCUUCCCUCGAUUUAAGAGGCUGCGCAUGGACAAGGAUUGGAAGAGCGCUCUCUCCAUACAAGAGUUUUUAGACCUCAAGUCGAACGUUGAGCAAGAGCACAAGGAGAAGGAGUUCGCCGUGGAUAAUUCCCGCAGGAAACGGAUCAAAACCACAGCAAAAAAAGGACUUUCUAUCGCUGGGUAUGAUGUGGAUGCCGAAGUUAAGUAUGCUGUCCCUUCAGGGCAUAUAUUUGAUGGGUUGAAUUUCUUUAUCGUGACCGAGUCUAGCGCACCUCAGAAGAAGUCCAAAGCUGAACUCGAACAGCUAGUGAAGGCCAAUGGAGGGAAGGUCUAUCAGACCGACAAUGCAGCUCCACAUACCAUCUGUGUUGCAGAUAGAAGGACGGUGAAGGUGGCUUCUUUGCAAAAAAGCGGCAAGUCAAGCAUUAUCCGGCCAUCCUGGCUUCAUGACUGCGUCAAACAGAAUGAAGUCGACGCGGGUUUACCGGACAUUCUUCUUCCUUACGAACCUAGGCACGUAUUUUGGGCCACCAAGGAUCAGGAGAAGGAAGUCGGUUCCAACGUCGAUCGGUUUUCGGACAGCUAUGCUCGAGAUACAACCAUGGACGAGCUCAAGGAGAUUUUGAGUCAGAUGGAGAAGAAGCACCAAUUUUAUUCCCCGGCCCCCCAGGCUCUCAGUAAAUUCGAUGCGCUCUUCCAAGAAAGGGUUAAUUCUGGAUUUGAAAUGCCCCGCGGCUGGAUCUUCAGAGGGUUGACGAUCCUCUUCCAUCACCAGAAACAUAAGCGGGUAUCAAAAUUUAAUACAAAUGAAGAAAUGACAGGCAACGAUAGCGCAGACCAGCCAGCAUGUCGUCUAAGACUGGCCAGCAACAUAGCCAGGUUUGCAGGUGCGCGUGUUAUAACACCCUCGUCCACUUCUUCCAUCACCCACAUCGUCGUGGACCCAGAUUUAUCUUCUGCAGAGCUCUCUGUGGUGAGAGGGUCAUGGGCCGCAAACCCUGGGAAGAAGACGCCACAUCUAGUAACGGUGGAGUGGAUUGAGGAGAGUUGGAAAGAACAGACAUUGCUAGAUGAAGAGAGGUUUCUUCCUCGAAAGUGACACGGCACGUAUGUCUACAGGCGCAUUUCCCCCAAGGCGAAAAAAAAAAAAAAAAAAACGCCGCAUACUACACUCCGUACAGCAUUGAACAAUGGAUGACAUGUCAGUCUGAUACUAUACCUUGAUUGGCUCUAUAUACAAUGCAGUACAUACUACCCACGACGAAGCAAAGCACAUGAGCAGACGAAAGAACUCGGCCUUUUUCACAGUCAUGAGUUACACGAAGUAUUAGUUAACUAUAUCAUCCCAAUUUGUCAGCUUUGAACUGAUAAGAAAAAACCACAUUGGAUCGGGGAUUUGGCUCGCGAUGGAUCUAUGACGCCGACAACUUCCCAUCAGCAUGGUGCUAAAUAAUGAUGGCAAUUACUGUCUCUGGAAAUAGUAAUAGCCGCUGGAUGCGAGGGACAAAACACGGACAGACAGACUUAUGCGGUGUGCUUAGUAUGCAUAGCGCUCAGUCCUCCAUUCCCAGCCUUUCAUUUAUUUCUCACCCCCGAAUAUUAUAUUAUAUGCCCGUCGGCAAUUACAGAAUCCUGCCUUCAAUAAUACAGCAAUAGCACAGAUAUCUUUUGAAUAUUUGGUUUGGAUUAAAAUGAACGUAAUAAAAUAUAAUAUACAACACAACAACACCUCGCGCUAAUGCAUGGUCAGAAAAGAACAGAAUGGAAAUGCUCCUAUUUCCCGGUCCGUAACCCAACGCCUUGCGAUACAAAAAGAGAAAUUAGGCACUAGAUGGUUGAAAUUUCUCCGAGUCAAUUGCACUAUUCUACCUGCAAUCAAUGGAUAUCCCGACCCAUCUUGCAGGAACGGUGUUCCCUUCAUCGUCUGUAUAAUCUCCACAUGAAGGGUUCGCGCUGGCUUUGCGCGGUGGAAGCCAUAUUCGCGCCCGGAUAGGAAUGUCGUCCCGGAAUUUCCCGCUGCGCCGCAUAUUCAUCUCUAGAACCACCAUGCGCAGGAAAUCGCCGUUUUCUCUCGGUUCCCGUUGGCGAGCCAUUGGUGGGAUUAUUCCCGGAUCGAAUAGGGAAAUUCCCUGAUCCGUGCUGCCAUUUUUCCUUAAGCGGCUUGCCGAACGGUGAUAUGUCUGCAUCUGGAUCGAGACGGGGCACAUGCUCGGGGAGCCGCUGGGACCCCGUCGGUACUCGUGAUAUGUAUGCAUCUCCGCUGGCGAUAUGGGAGUUGGGUUCAGGUAACGUCGUAGAGCCGGAGAAGGUGGCCCACUCAUGGGCGGAGGCCGACGGUCGUCAGUCGUCUCCGGAGUAAUCGCGAACAGAGACCGGGUGAGAAAGUCAUCCGGCUGCACGGAAGGCGCGGCAAACGUUGACACCGUUUGUGCUGCAGACUUGAUGGCACGCAACGAGGCCGUCAGAUUCGACUUGAAUCCGGCGCUGAAACGCGGAAACGAACGAGAUGAUGUGGACUUUGUGGAGCCAGCACUGGGGAGUGCAAUAUCUCUGCGGAUAGGUUCAAACUCAUCAUGUUCUGGGGAUUCGACUUGCAAUAGAGGAUGAUCUGAUGCACAGUCUUCAGGGCGUGCAAGCUGUCGAUGCCUUCUCUCGGACAGACCCCUUUGAGUAGAUGGUGUGGGUGACAGUUGAAAACUAGACGGAGAUUCAACAUCAGGCAUCAAGGACGGCAUGGAAUCUGUCGACAUAGAUCGAAGUGAGAAUGUCGCAUCUGCAUAAUCAUCGUUCCCUAUAGACAGUUUCUCGCUGUCCGCAUCGGGAGGACUGAGCAAAACGUCAAGCAUAGGACUAGCAGAGCCGUCCAUCAGGCGAUCCUCUUUGGGAUCAACACCCUCCAUCAGAAGCUUACUGAAGUCCUCUACAUAGUUGCCACGAGGGAGUUUGCGAGAGUCCCGAAGAGACCAGUUCCGUCGAGGGACCGGAAUUGCGGUAGCUUCGAGAAUAGAGGCGACGGAAGCAGGCAGGGUUGCUGUGGAUGAUGACCUGCGAAGAUUCCUCGAAUUGUGAGCUGUUCUGGAACGAGAACGACCCUGUUGUUCUUGUUGUCCCUGGUGCACCGGGGUCACUCGCAGACCGCGUUUUGGGGGGAUGACGACGGGAUUGGAGUGAAGAGUAGCCUUCUCGUCAACGUCGGAGCUAUGCAUAGGGGGUAUCUGGAGGCCGGAGGUGUCCCGUUGCGAGGGUGGCUCGAAUGUCGACUUUGGGGAGUCGCCGGCAUUGUUCUUUCCAUGCUGCCUGGAAGCCUUGGGAGGCGUUACAGACGAGAAGAGAAAAGCCCUAGGCACCAUCAUCAUUGCCAACCAUGGGACAGGCAGAAGCGGGAAACGUCGCAGUAGCCUGACGAGGCACUCUGGUCGAGUAUCUGAGCGAGAUACAUGGGGUUAAGAAGGGGGAGAAGGACGGAGGCCUCCCCCAGGAGGGCGUGACGAGGUGUGGAUCUUGCGUUGGGUCGACACACCGCUUACGUCGUGUGAGCAGGGUUGGCUAACGGAGAAAGCAGGCGGGAGAGCGGGUGGGAUAGGAUAAUAUUAAUAUGAGAUUAUUAUUAGCAGGAGUGAUUGCUUUUUCUGCUCUGUGCGUGCAGCUGAGACGGCACAAUGCAAAGGGCGAGAUAAGCAGCGAAGGAUGAAAGAAACGAACAACGCAGAUAGGAAACUGGGCGAGUGACGCAUGCAGCGGCGCUAGUCCCGGGAGGGACUAAUGCGGUGGGUGCUCGCCGCAUUGCCGGAUGCGGCGGAGCAGCAGUCGAUUUCCCGAUACGGUAAGGCGGCUCGGAUUCCGGCGCACAAUCCUGCGCCAGUCUCGCCUAUCGCGUAAUACGCGUACAUUACGGUACGGUCAGCCGAUACGGUUAAAUAAGCACACAGCCAGCGGGAGUAAUUGACCCACACCGCUGGCUUGGCUGGUUUUCUAGAAGCCGGUUGGACCUGCAGGAGCCUUCUUUGUUGAGAGAGUUCGCC